UAUCCAAACCUGGCUGCUUUUACUUCCCAUUACACAGCUCGUCUGCGGAGGAGCUGUAGAGAAGCUGAGGAAUACUAAUAGACUUUGGUGGAGGGAGAAGCUGCAGUGCUUGUAGAGAGCCGCUCUGCCCCGCGGACACGUCUCCGUCAUGUGAUUGUCCUUUUUCUGUCACACUUUAGCUUAGCUUUUUCUUUCUUUCUUUUUUUUUUUUCACUUCUAGUUUUUUUCUGCUUCGUACAGAGACAGGGUGAACGCUGUGCUUUUGAAACGGUGGAUUCGGUUUGAGAGAUUUUAACGAGGGAGGAAAGGAGUUUGUUACAGAAGAAACACGUCGUGUUGGUGAAAGCUGACACAAACCUGACCAGCACGACGUUACUGGGACAUUUUAUUUUCUGUGUGUGUGUGUGUGUGUGUGUGUAUGUGUGUGUGUUUCUCAGCGAAGACACACCGAAAGCAUUUGGCUCAACUCAUUACGGUCUCAGAGGCAACCUCUAACAAUGGGAUUUCUGGAGUACUGAAGAGAUUCUGACAAAAGGCAAGGGAAGAGAGAAAGCAGUGAGAACAAAAGAAGAGGCUUGCCUGGGAGCUGGGGGCGCUUCUGAAAAAACAAGAAAAGGAUCCGUUCUUUGGGCCUCACUAGGGGGUGUGCAUGCUGCCCCCUCAACUGGACAUUCUUCUUUGUGCCAGAGCGAGACAACAAAAGCAAGUAUGCGCAAUAAACUGAGCAGGUUCUGGGAUGCAGACUGCUGGCGCAUGCUGAGGCUGGGGAGCAGGACUAUAGCGCUGCUCUUGCUGACAGUCAUGCUGCUGGCAGAAGCUCAGGCUUCAUCACCCCAGGGAACCUUGGAGGUGUUGGGGGACAUGGCACAGCUGGAGGCCUCCAUGCACUCAGCAGUGCUCUCUGACCUCCAGGAGGCGAGAGCAGUAGUGUCGGCAGCGGAGCAACCAAGUGGCUUUCACGAUUCCUCUGCGGUAGUAGGAAGGAUGUUCCAGAUGAAGAUCCCCACAAAAGCCAGAGAUUCUGGGAGCACAGUUACGAUUGCAGAGGCAGGCAAAGAUGCACUACCAUCAUGGUUGCAUUGGGAACCAGUGAAUAGCACCCUUCAAGGACUUCCUUUGGAGGUAGACAAGGGUGUCCACUAUAUAUCUGUGUCUAUUGCUAAUGCAAACCAUGUGUCCCAGAGUCCAGAUGUAUUUUCCAUUGAGGUUCAUCCAGAGGAACAUGCUGACACAGAGUUAGCAAUUCAGUUAACUAACAGCGAUUCUCAGCAUUUUGUCUGUGGCAAUGAAGAGCCUGUUACUGUUCUUACAGUAAUUUUGGAUGCAGACCUCACUAAGAUGAGCUCCAAACAGAGAGUUGAACUUUUGUCCAGCAUGAAAAAAUUCUCGGGAGUAGGGCUUCAACAUAUGAAGGUUUUGCCCGUUGUUAACAAUCGCUUAUUUGAUAUGUCUGCGUUUAUGGCUGGGCCAGGAAAUGCCAAAAAAGUUGUAGAAAAUGGUGCUUUAUUGUCCUGGAAACUUGGCUGUGCCCUGGAUCAAAGCAACAUUCCCAACAUCAGCAGUGUUCAAGUUCCAGCAAAGGAAGGGACAAUGUCAGGACAUUUGGGAUAUCCAGUGGUGGGAUGGUACAUUGCUAACAAAAAGCCACAUGUACCUAAACGGGUACGGCGACAGCUUAAUACCCCCACCCCUGUGCCAUCUUUGCUUCCUCCGACAACAUACACUGCACCACCGAGCCGCAUUGUGCCCACACCUACAUCCCGGGUAAUUGAACCAACUUCCGGCAGCUCAUCACCACCUGUGUGGGCCCCUGUACCACUGCCUAUGAAACCUACUACUACUAUUCGCACCAGAGAUCCAAUUGCUCAUACUCCCACAAUAGGACCCCCUCAGCCCACAAAAAUUAUGGAUACUACCAGCACUAUUCCAAUCCAGCCUACCAUGACUAGGCCAGUGUAUGUUGGACCUUCUGUAACACCACCAACACCAACCACCAAGAAACCAACAAGAAGGCCCAAGAAGCCCAAGACCACCCCAGUCCCGAAGGAACCGAAGACAACCACAGCCAAGCCACCACGCAGUACCACCUCCUCGGCUUUACACGAUGGCAAUACGAGACCAGAGCUGCGCAACCCAAUUGAUCAAGUUAAGUCAUACAUUGGUACAUACUUUGAGGUGAAAAUCCCAUCUGACACAUUCUUUGACCGAGAGGAUGGAACAACAGACAAGUUAAGAUUAACUCUGAGGAAGAAUGCUGAUGUUGUUGGAGAAGACUCCUGGAUUCAGUUCAACAGCACUAGCCAGUUGCUUUAUGGAUUACCAGACUGGCAGCAUGAGGGCAAACACGAAUACUUUAUGCAGGCAGCUGACAAAGGUGGUCUUUACACAACAGAUGCCUUUGAGGUCCGUGUCAGUCGUUUUGGAAAUAAUGUUAAGCCCCCAGUCCUGUUUGCUGCUCGAUUCCAAGGGGAUCCUCGUUCGGUUACCAACGAUAUCCAUAAGAAGAUCCUUCUUGUCAAGAAAGUGGCCUAUUCAUUUGGUGAUCGCAAUUCUAGUUCAAUUACACUGAAAAAUAUUACUAAGGGAUCCAUUGUAAUCGAAUGGACCAACAGCAGCCUCCAACAAAGCCCAUGCCCCAAGGAGCAAAUUCAGGCCAUGAGUCGAAGGAUCUCCGAUGCAGAAGGCAAACCUUCGUCGAUAUUCCACAAUGCCAUGGAGCCAGACUUCAGACCCAUUAACAUCACUAUCAAAGGAACAGGUAGCUGCCGCAACUACAUGUUUGUUCCACCAGCUGAGAUCCCAGAACCCAUUCCACCUGCUGUUACACCAGCUGUUGGAGCAGGUCGACAGAGCAACGACGAUGUAUAUCUCCACACAGUCAUACCGGCUGUGGUGGUUGCAGCGAUCCUGUUGAUUGCAGGCAUCAUUGCUAUGAUUUGCUAUCGCAAGAAGCGCAAGGGGAAACUCACCAUUGAAGACCAAGCAACCUUCAUUAAAAAAGGAGUUCCCAUCAUUUUUGCAGAUGAACUUGAUGACUCUAAGCCACCUCCAUCUUCUAGCAUGCCUCUAAUUCUUCAAGAGGAAAAACCUCCUCUCCCACCUCCUGAGUAUCCCAAUAUGGCGAGUCCAGAGACCACACCUCUGAACCAAGACAUUUUGGGAGAGUAUUCAGGCCUACAAGAUGACGACCCCAAUGCACCUCCUUACCAGCCUCCACCCCCUUUCUCUGUUCCCAUGGAAGGUAAAGGGUCCCGCCCUAAGAAUAUGACCCCAUACAGAUCACCACCUCCAUAUGUGCCACCCUAAUGUUUAUAGAUCCCUCCGGUGUGGAGGACAGGGAACAUGUGCAGUUCCAAACCAGUGUUGUCUCUGCAUUUUUGGAAAUCGGAGGGGCAUUACAAAUAUGAGACAUUGGAUCGGGCAGGUUGGGAUGAUUUUGAUAAAACUGGACUUUUUUUUUUUUUUUUCUUUUCUCUCUCUCUCUCUCACCCCAUUGGAGUGGUGAUGGUGGGGGUAUAAUUAUAUAAUCCUCAAAGACGGUGCCAACAACCUCAGCCUCUGGCUGUAUGGCUACUGCUGACCAGUUGGAAAAUGUACCCUCCGAUCCUAGCGCUUUUGUGUCUAGAUGGGCUUUUUUUUGUUUGUUUGUUUUAUCAUUUGUAUUUCUUUUUGACUUAUUUUAAAAUCAAACUACUUGCCUAACAGCACUCUUUUUAUCUUCUGAACUCUUUGAAUAAUGCAUAAAGACAAGAAAAAGUGACUGCUGGUGCAAGUGUUUCAUAGUGACAUUCUACAAUUAAGGAAAAAAACUUGACCUAGAGGUACAGUUGUGCAGACAAUUAUGGGCUUGUUUGAUUCAAUAAGGUUUGCCUUUUAACAUUAAUUGUACUGUUUUUACCCUUAUUCACAUGUCUAGUAAAGAUGAGCAUAAUAAGAGGUAGCCAAAAACCUUCAGAGGGAUAGAAACCUUUUGUUUAAUCCACUGUAAAUUUGAGGGUUGAUAGAUUUAUUAUUAUUAUAAUUUUAUUUUAUUUUUUUUAAUUCUUUUUCUAUGUUUUUCUUUUUGUUUGUGCGUGUCAAACAACACUAAAAAAAAAACUUUUCGUAUCCCUACGUAAUGGAAACGAGUUAUGCUGUGGAUGUUCUGGAUAAAUGUUUGAGGAUGUGUUUCUGUCCCUAUAGAGAUUCAUGCCAGACCUAGACAUGGAAAUAUUGUGCCAUUCUAAUUUUGAUCUUUUUCUUUUCUGUCUUUCUUUCUUUCCUUUUUUUUUUUUUUUUUUUUUUUUUUUUUAAUUGCUCGCAAUUCUGGCAUUACUGGGUUUUAUGUCCGUUUCAGUUUAUAGUAAGGAGACAUGGCAUGAUGUAGCUGCUGUCCUUUCAAGGAACCCUAAAUGGGUAGAGUUGGAAUACCUACAUGUCACAGCAGGCAUUCGCUACUCCUUUCCCCAUUUAGUGCUGACAUGGUUUUGAUUAAAUGAUUUGGAAGACUUGCAGUCUAGCUUCAUUUUUCAAAUGAUUUGAUCCUGUUUCAUGGUUUCUUUUUUUUUUAAUCUUUUUUUUUUUUUUUUUUUUUUUAAAUUUUAAAUAAUGAUUAUCGAGUGUAUGCCUUGACUCAAAAUAACUGAAAAUAAAGACUGAAUAUUUUAAUAAAGAAUCAUUCUCUAAACAAUGGCAUCAUUUAUUAAAUGUAACCACGAUUACACAAUGAUUGCAGUAGAAUGUCGGUUGUUUUUGCCUUGGCAGCAAUGCAGCAAGUGUCUUCUGUAAAUAGUCCUGUGGAUAUAACUGUAUUUAUAGACCAGAAGUGUGUAUGUUUUAAUAUGGCAGGGAAAAAUAAGUAUCUUGAGGUUUGUUCUGUACAAGGGGUAAGUAUAUCAUCAAAUUACUAAAAUAUCUGUAGAGAUUCACACAACCCAGGAAAAAAUACUUUUUUCUUUAUUAACUUCAUCAUCAGAAUAUAUACAUCUAAUUUUUUAAUGUUUUUGAUACAGGCAGUUUUAUUAAGAACAAUAUGUAUUAGAUUUUGUAACCAUCUUUUUAGAUGUCGCAGGACGGUAUAGAUUUACAUAUAAAAACCUCUUGAUUGUAUAGAUAUGUAGCCUGAUUUUAUUUUUAUUGCUGUUAUUCUUUUCAUGUUAACAUCAUGUGCUUCCAUAUGCUUUCAGUUUGUUUCUGCAUUUUGUGACUGAGCAUUUAAGCACAUCAGCUGAUCAAUGUGUUCUUUAUGCUUAAGAUUUACCAGCAUGACCUACUGAACUAUGGGAUUUUUUUUUUUUCUCAUUUCCACGUUUGCUUUUAUAACCGAUUUGAUUAAUUAGAACUGAUUGCAAUUUAUUUAUAAUCCGUUCAUAUUUAAGAGAUUUGAACACAUUUAUGAGUUUAGUACACUUUCGACACCUACAGGAAAAUGCUAUUUAAUCCAAUAACCUUUUAAACGUUUGAUCAGAAACGUGUGUAUUGUGGUGGGCUUUUUUGCAUGGUUUAAUUCUUAACAUAAAACUGGUUUAAAGCUUUUAGAUGAUUGAUGGAAAAAAAAAAACCAAAGAUACAAAUGUGAAGUGACCAUCACUGAGAAUUGUCUUUUAUAUUUCAGAGUGAUUUCCAUAAUACUCAUUCAUUACUUUAUUCUAUGCAUCAUUUAAAGGAUGCUACAAACGGUGUAAUUCCAUCAGUCUGAACAGCGUUAUAACCAUAUUGUCAAUCAUAAUUUCUGACCUUCAUAUUGUCCUUAUGUCAGCAAUUGUUUUUGUUUUUUUUUUCUUUCUGUAUAAAAUCAGAGCUCCUGAAUGUAUAUGAAAUUCUCUUCUUUUUAGCUUAAAAUGGCAAAAGGAAAAAUACAAACCUACAUCAGAUGAGAUUACAGUACAAUUACUGAUGGACAUUCUAAAAGUACAUCUUUUACAGCUUUUAAUUUAAACGCAUAGUGUGGUGUAUCCAAGAUAAGUAGCUGUGUAUUUAUUUACUUUAAAUGUUCCCCAGGUGUGUUGCGUAAGCCAGAGUUCUCUGCUGUAAUACUUAUUUUUGGCCUGAUUUUAAUUUUGUGUGUGUGUGUGCGCCGACAAUAAUUGAUAGAGUUAAAAACAAAAAUCAGGGACAUCGCUCACACUUUGUCAAGCCUUCUGCGUCAUUACUACAUCUUCUAAUUAAAGACAAGUGGGUUUAAUAAAUGCCUGAGUACAGAGAUGACUUAUUUUCUUUCUGUGUUUAAUAGCAUUGAUUUCACUUGUCACCGGACACUGUAUGUUGGAUUCUGGUAUUAAAAUUGUUCUUACCAAA